GCUUGUGUCUAACAGGCACACUCCUUUGCUGCAGACGUCGGGGGCACGGACAGAAUGCUGGCUCCAGGCAGCAGAAGUGAGUGUCUCAGAUGAUAAACUCCGAACUCAGUCAACUCAGCAGCUUCUCAAGCUGUGGGCAGGCGCAUACUGGGAAAGGAAAUUUUGAGAGAGGUAUUGAACAAUUUAGACAACGUCCUAAGGGCUUUUACAACGCAAACGCCUUCAAGCUUCACUAAAACCCUGCGAGCUGACGACUACUACUAGUUUUUACAACUCGGGAGUGAGGCAUCGCUUCUAAGGAUGGGGGCACGUUCCCAGCCCAAGCUGCCAGGAGCAGAGCUCCGGUUCCCCGCCACCGCCGCGCCGCUCCCUCCCUCUGCGCAUGUGCAUCCCCGCCUUCUCCUCCCGGCGCGUCCUUCCCCAGCCUCCAGCCCCUCGUGGGAAACCUUCCCUGGCUUCCGGGUCCACGCGGCGAGGGAGCUGCGGGAACAAGUGUCAUUCAAAGAUGUAUGUGUGGACUUCACUCAGGAAGAGUGGUAUCUGCUGGAUCCUGCUCAGAAGAUACUAUACAGAGAUGUGAUUCUAGAAAAUUACAGCCACCUUGUUUCAGUCGGAUAUUGCUUUACUAAGCCAGAAGUGGUCUUCAAGAUAGAGCAAGGAGAGGAGCCCUGGAUAGUAGAGGCAGGAUUCCCAAGCCACUGCCACCAAGAAGACUGGAAAGUUGACGACCUGAUAGAGAGCAGCCAGGACAAUGAAGAUGAACAUUUUUGGCAACUUGCUUUCACUGCCAACAAAAUAUUAAAUAUAGAUAGUGGUGCUAGAGUAAGAAAAACUUUCAAUUUGGGCACAGAUUCUGUUUCUUCAAGAAAUUUUCCAUAUAAGAUAUGUGACUCGUGUGAAAUGAGUUUGAAAAAUAUUUCAGGCUUAAUUAUUAGUAGAAAGAGCUAUUCUGGAAAGAAGUCUGAUGAGUUUAAUGCAUAUGAGAAAUUGCUCCUAGACAUCAGACAUGAGAAAACUCCUCCUGGAGGGAAGUCUUAUAAAUAUAAUCAAAAAAGAAAUGUGCUCAAUCAUAACCACAAUCUCAAUCAGCCAAUUUUUGACCAGCCUUCUGAUUAUAAUGAAAAUGGACCAGCCUUCCAUGAGGAAGCAGCAUUUUUCACAAACAAGAAAAUACAGCUAGGAGAGACGCUCUGUAAAUACAGUGCAUGUGGAAGAACAUUCCUCCAUAGUUUAGAACUCGGUUUAUCUCAGAGAACUCAUUUGGAGAUGGAGCCAUAUGAAUGCAACAUUUGUGGGAAGUCCUUCUGCACCGAGUUAAGAUUGGGACAUCAGAGAACUCUCCCAGGGGAGUCUCCUUAUGAAUAUAAUGACUAUGGGCAAACCUUUUGUGAUGACUCAACUUUCAUUAUCCAUCAGGGAACCUAUGCAAGAAAGAUGCCCCACGAAUAUAAAGUGAAUCAUAAAAUGUGGGGAAAGUCAGAUCUCUUUAAACAUCAGGUAGUACACAUGGGCAAAAAACCUUAUGAGCACAAUGAAAAUAGAAAUAACUUCAACAAGAAGUCACAUCUCACCCAACUUCGAAGAGCUCACUCAGGAGAAAAAACCUUUGAAUGUGGUGAAUGUGGGAAAACAUUCUGGGAAAAGUCAAACCUCACUCAGCAUCAAAGAACACACACAGGAGAGAAACCCUAUGAAUGUACUGAAUGUGGGAAAUCUUUUUGUCAGAAACCACACCUUACCAACCAUCAGCGAACACAUACAGGAGAAAAACCCUAUGCAUGUAAGCAGUGUGGAAAAACGUUCUGCGUAAAGUCAAACCUCACAGAACAUCAGAGAACACACACGGGGGAGAAACCGUAUGAAUGUAAUACGUGUGGGAAAUCCUUCUGCCACAGGUCAGCCCUAACUGUCCAUCAGAGAACACACACAGGGGAGAAACCCUUUAUAUGUAAUGAAUGUGGGAAAUCCUUCUGUGUGAAGUCAAACCUCAUUGUACAUCAGAGAACUCACACGGGAGAGAAACCCUAUAAAUGUAAUGAGUGUGGGAAAACCUUCUGUGAAAAAUCAGCUCUCACUAAACAUCAGAGAACUCACACAGGAGAGAAACCCUAUGAGUGUAAUGGAUGUGGGAAAACCUUUAGUCAGAGGUCAGUACUGACGAAACAUCAGAGAAUUCACACGAGGGUGAAAGGUCUUCCAACAUCCUGAUGUCCAGAAGCCUCCACCCACCCUUUCAAAUUCUUACACCAUUUUUGAAAAUGAGAUGAAUGAGACCCAAAGAAUGCUUCACGUUACUAGAAAGCGACCUCUUGUACUUCAAAUAAUGAAUAUGUGAACCCUCUCAAAAACUGAAAUUUUUCAUCAGAAAAUUUAUAUUGAGGGAAGUUUAUUCAUUUAAGUACUGUGGUAAAAAUUGUCUAGAAUUUAUGUUGUGUCAUACUCCAGAUGUGAUGCAAAUUUUAUUGUAAAUACAGUGGAUGGCAUUCAUUCAUACCCAUAUUCACAGUGGAAUCUGAAGCUUAAAAUCACAGCAGCAUUAAACAUUGGUGUGAAGCAUCCCUGACAAUUGCAGGCCCGAUGUGGGAGUAUCACAGAAAUUGGAUAUAUGCUUGAUUUGCAAAUUGGGAUUGCAAGUUCACAAUGAACUUGUGAAGAGAAAAUAUCCCCUCAUUAAAUAACUUAGGGUCUAUAUUAAUAUUUCCCACACUAAAUACCACCAGUGUCUUUAUGCGUUGGCAUAAAUAUAUAUGUAUAUAUAUGUAGAUGUAAAUAUAUUUAUACACAUAAACCCACACAGAUGCAGUGGUAUGUUAGAGUAAGCUCGUAAUGGCUUGCAAGUACUGCUGAUGGUUAGAUUUCCAGGAAUUUUGUGAGCCAGUUUUUCAACAUAGUAAUUAUUUAAAAAUUAAAUUAUAUUAAAAACAAAGGUAAAAAAUACUCACCACUCCUUGCUUCCUAAUUAUUUUAUAGUAUGUUGCUAUUAUCUUUCUUCUUUAGGUCACUUACAUUAUCGAGUCUGCAUGGUGAAAAUACCAUAUAACAUGUGCACCCUCUCCUCUCUUCCCCACCUCUGCACUCAGUGUUGUCAUGUGGGUAGCUUGGCUUUAGUGGGGGUGUCUACACCCUGGAAAUUGGUAAACUCUACAAAGUGGUUUUUUUUUUUAUUUUAUUAGAGAGCCUGUUGUCAAAUAUUUACUAGCACACCACUGUGUAUAUAUGAAAACAUAUUUGGAAAACUUAAAGUACAAACUAUAUAUCCUACUCCCUGUUCCAUUUCCUGCCAUAAAUAAGUGGCUGUGGCCAUUACUGCUGAACUGCCUCUUCAAUAAAGAACCCCAAAUCUAUUUUUGUGAGGUUUUUUUUUAACUACUUCUGCAUCAGUCUUCAUUGUAAAUACUACCAGAACCUCUUUGUAGUUUGGCCAGUCUGUUAUUUUACAACCACAUCACCACUCUUUCCUCUGACGUUACCGGCAUAUAUGAGGGAGUAUGGCUGUUGUUACUGAACUACUUCCCUAAAGAACCCAAAUCGUAUUUUUCUGAGGUUUUUCAGCUGCCUCUGGGUCAGUCUGUAACAUCAGUUAUGAACAGGAAUACUCCCUACACUCCACAAAUAAAAGCAGUAUGGUGCACUAGAAUGCCACUUUCAUUUUGUUUGGUUGUUGUAUCUACUUAGGCAUGAUCCGUUGUAUGUGUCCCAGGAACUAGGACUAUGUAAUUGUUUUUAAAAUAAUAGGAUGUCAUAUACUGUCUCCUCUUCCUUUGUCCUACUGUUUCCUAUGCCUCUUUGGAACACAGUGGUCAGCAGUUCCAAGGACACUGCCCACCCAGUACCCAAUCUCUACUUCAUACUUGCUGGGCUCUGUUUUGUUUCUCUUUCCAUCCCCUUUCCCCAUCCCCUACCAUCAGGUGAUUUAGGACUAAAUCCAGAUUAAGGUAAUCAUGGAGAUGCUAACCUAAAUUCUAUUGGGAUGGACAUGUGAACAGUGAGAUGUUUGGAAAACAUUUUGCAGUACUUCUGGGCAAGAUCUCAGUGAUAAAAUACUGUCGUGACAUGAGAAGAUACCAGGAGAGAUUGUCUCUCUUAUGCUGGAUUUUUUUUUUCAUGUUUGUAUGUUAUACCAAAUUAUAGCUUGUUGCCCUGAAGGGCAAUAGCCUGAAGAGAAUAAUAGACAAAAUGGAAAAAGCCGGCUCAGAGGUGACAUCAUUGAGCUGCACAACUCCAUCUAGAUCUGUUCUCUGCUAGGACCUUAUAUUACUGCAGUAGUAAUGGUUUCUUAAUGAUGCUUAGGGCUGUCACUUAGAGCUGAAGCAUUCCUGCUGGUACUGAUGAGUACUUAGUUCUAAGUGUUUAUAUUCUAUACAGUGAUUUGGAGGAAGAAUACUUUCUUCUGACAAGUUAAUACAGGUAUAGCUCUUUGUAUCAGCCUUGGUUCUGAUGAAAAACAGAAUUCUACCCCAACUAAGAUUCUAAUGGCAGACUUGUUACAGUGGGGUGGGCCAGAAACAAGGGGUACUGACACACCCCGGGGGUAGCAUCACUGAGAAUCCAUGUCCAGUCUAAAUCCUUAAGGGGCAAUGGAUAGAGACAAGAGUCACCAGAGCCCAAUAAGAGCUGCUGUCGUGGAGGAGAGACUGUCUCCUAGGAGAUGCUGUCACUACCAGAAUUGUGGCACUGAUGCUGGUGCCUCCCUUUGGAACACUGAGCCCAGUGCUAUGUGCACGUGAGCCCAGGUGGGCACAGGUUAGCCCAGGAGAGCAGAGAAAGGGGACGCAGGUCUGGGUGGAACCAAGGGGUGAUAAGCAGCUCAGUGUGUUUUCAUUUCUGUAAAUUCCUAUGUAAAGUAUCUGUAUUAGAAAUAAACUUACUCUACUAGUUGCUUCA